GUCGAAGCAAAGACAAAUCCUUUUGACUUUCAUUAAAAAAAUUCCGAGAAUCUUUUUUUAUCCCCGAGACAAAAAUUUCAAUGAAAUUGAUAGAAUAGGAUAUAAUAAUUCUUAGAAAUCUAUUUCAUUUUCAAUAGAAGAAUCUCGAUUUUCUGAGCAACCGGAUUCGUCGUUUCUUCUGCGGUGUUUUUUUUUUUAUUUUCUCGGAUUCUCCGCUCAAAGUUCCUAAUCUGUGCUGGGAUUGACCUGUCUAGAAAACUAAACUCUCAAGUUUCUAGAUUUUUGUAUAUGAUUAGGACAGUAAAAGUUGAAGACUUUCUCAAAGAUUUGAUGAAAUGACGACUUUGGUUGGAAGAGUUGGGAAUUUGAUUUCUCAAGGCGUUUACUCUGUCGCUACACCAUUUCAUCCGUUUGGUGGUGCUAUUGAUGUCAUCGUUGUUCAACAACAAGAUGGUUCGUUCCGUAGCACGCCUUGGUAUGUUAGGUUUGGUAAGUUCCAAGGUGUUCUCAAAGGCGCUGAGAAGUUUGUCAAGAUAUCUGUAAAUGGAACCGAAGCGGAUUUUCACAUGUAUCUUGAUAAUUCUGGUGAAGCAUACUUCAUCAGGGAAGUUGAUCCUGCUAAUAAUGACACCAACAGUUUGAUUUCCGGGUCUGAGAAUAACAAUGGUAACGUGGGUUAUCGACUUGAGCACAGUUUAUCGGACUCUGGUGCUGUAGCAUUACGAGAGGGUUUCGAAUCUUUGAAUCGGCUUGAGAGGACAGAGUCUGAUUGUAAUAGGAGGUUUUAUGAUUUUCAGGAUGAUCCUCCUUCUCCAACCUCAGAAUAUGGAAGUGCUCGAUUUGACAAUCUAAAUGUGGAAAGUUAUGGGGAUUCUCAAGGCUCAGAUUCUGAAGUGGUUUUGGUCAGUAUUGAUGGACAUAUACUAACAGCUCCUGUGUCAGCGGCAGAGCAGGAGGCUGAGAAUUUACGGUUAAAUACUCCUCAGUUUCAUUUGGCCCCUGGUGAUGGGACUGAGUUUUGUGAAGGUAAUACUGAGUUUGCUUCGUCAGAGACUCCGUGGGAUACUGACUAUAUCGCCAAAGUGGAGGAGUCAUCUGAUACUGCUAAUGUUGUAUCUGAAAAAUUAGAUACCACGAAUGAUAAGCGUAAUGAUUUAGAUUCCCAUGAUAAUGCCGAAAAAGAUUCUCAUGAUGCUGAAAGAGAUCUUCUUGGGAGCUGUCUGGAGCAGUCAGAGACUGGUGAGAAUGCGAAGUCCGAGGAACCAGGUCCUACUUUUGAGGAUCGGGAUCUAAAAGAAGGUGAGUUUCCACUUAGCACCAUCACGGAAAAUGAUAGAAGUGAAGAUGAAGUGACUAUUGAAACAGUAGAUACUCUUGUUGAUAGUUUUGAAUCUUCUACAACCCAAGUAACAGCAGAAGAAAUGAAAAUAACUGAGGAAUCCAGAAUAUCCGUUGAUUUUAAUAAUGAUUCAGAACGUAAGGAUGAACAGCCAAGAACAUCUGCAGAAACUGCCAUCUUGAUUAACAACCAGGAAGGCGGGAUUAUAGAAUCGGAAGAUCAGGAUUCUGAGAGAGUCUCUAUAGAUUCAACGAGGGAAGAAGUUGAGCAACUGACUCCAUCUAAACCAACUGAUAAGGAUAACGAGAAUGGUACGACUGUAGUUUCAGUGGAUGCGAAUUCUAGUGUCGACUUAGGAAAACCCGAUACAGUUCAGAGAUAUGAGCUAUCACUUUGCAAGGAUGAGCUUCGUCAGGGUAUGGGACUUAGCGCAGCUGCUGAAGUCUUUGAUGCGCAUCGGAUCUCCAUGGAAGAAUAUAUAAAUUCGGCAACAUCAAUUCUUGAAAGUGAAAAUCUGGUUGUUAGGAUUAGAGAAACGUAUAUGCCAUGGACGAAAGCUGCUCGGAUUGUGCUUGGGAAAGCUGUGUUUGAUCUAGACUUAGAUAUUCAGCCAGAUGAUGUGAUUUCUGUGGAGGAAAAUGAAUCGCCUAAACCCAAGGAUGAUGAAACUACAAUAACUCCUUCCUCAUCUGGAAGAAGAUGGACACUCUGGCCGAUUCCUUUUCGAAGGGUUAAAACAGUUGAGCAUACAGGAAGCAACUCCUCAAGCGAAGAAGAUCUGUUUGUUGAUUCUGAACCUGGCUUACAGAACUCACCGGAAACACAAUCAACCACAGAGAGUCGCCAUGAGUCUCCGCGUAGACAACUUGUGAGAACUAAUGUCCCAACCAAUGAACAAAUCGCAUCUCUGAAUCUGAAAGAUGGUCAGAAUAUGAUAACUUUUAGUUUCUCAACAAGAGUUCUUGGAACACAGCAGGUCGAUGCACAUAUUUACCGGUGGAGAUGGGACACCAAGAUAGUGAUCUCAGAUGUUGAUGGAACUAUAACGAAAUCUGAUGUGUUAGGUCAGUUCAUGCCCUUCAUUGGAAAGGACUGGACACAAUCCGGUGUAGCUAAGCUUUUUUCUGCCAUAAAGGAGAAUGGAUAUCAGUUGCUUUUUUUGAGCGCUCGUGCCAUCGUUCAGGCAUAUCUAACACGAAGUUUCUUAAAUAAUCUGAAGCAAGACGGAAAAGCUCUGCCAAAUGGCCCUGUGGUCAUUUCACCAGAUGGCCUAUUUCCAGCAUUGUACCGUGAAGUGAUAAGAAGAGCACCUCAUGAAUUCAAGAUCGCAUGUUUGGAGGAUAUCAGGAAACUUUUCCCAACAGAUUACAACCCGUUCUACGCUGGAUUUGGAAACAGAGACACAGAUGAGCUGAGUUACAGAAAACUCGGAAUCCCAAAGGGAAAGAUAUUCAUAAUCAACCCAAAGGGAGAAGUGGCAACAGGACAUCGCAUAGAUGUCAAGAAGUCUUACACUUCACUUCAUACUCUUGUCAACGACAUGUUUCCUCCAACUUCACUUGUUGAGCAGGAAGAUUAUAACCCAUGGAACUUCUGGAAACUACCAAUAGAAGAGGUUGAUUGAAGAAAUCAUGUUACAAUACGAGAAACUUUUCGGGUUUCUAAACGAGGUGCAGAUGUGUCGGACAUGGUGGCUGCGGAAUCUCUAUUAUUGGACUUUGUAAGCUUAUUCUAUGACUUUGUAGACAGGAAAGAGCUGGAACAUGUAAACAAGAAAGAGCUGGAGUUUGU